CAAAAGGCAAGAACUUAUCGCAGCAGGGCUUGUGCACUGCGGUAAACUGUGAAACGUAGAUAAGGAGGUCAAAGUUCAGCCGCUGUCGUAGGGUGUGGUGGCGAUAUCUGCACUUCCUGUCGUGCAGUAGUCGUCAUCAAGCAUGGAGGCCGUGGUCCGACUCACUCUCCCCGUCUGCCCCUGAAUCCUGACAAGUUGUGUGAGCCACAGUUACUUUCUCUACCGUCGCGCGGCGCCGGUGCCACUGCAGGUGUGUAGACAUGGGGGCGAGUCAGGGCAGGCCGGCUGCUGACCACGGUGACGACUACCACAACAGCUUCAGUCAGCACAGCGACCUGUUUGCUGCCCGCUCCGUCCUCAACCACCAGGGACAGGCGGCACCAGCCCUCGCUCUGGAGGAGGUGAGGCUGGCCGAGUACGCGGCGCAGUCGCAGAGACUGAUUCACGACAUCCGGAUGGCCAGGACCAGCGAGCAGUCACAACGAGCCAUUCAACAGCUGGAGAAGCUUCACGCAGACGUGCAGGACGUGGUGCAGCAGGUGCUGCAGCAGAACAACAAGCUGAGACAACGAACACACAAACAGACGCGCCUGCUGAAGAUGCAGGACAAGAGCCUCAAGUCCUGGCGAAGUCUCUGUCAAAACUGAGGCUCACCUUUCCUGUACCUGCGUGCACUAGAGUUGUGUAUCACAGCUGUGUGCAGUCAGCAGCUGGCACCAAAGUUGUGUAUCACAGCUGUGUGCAGUCAGCAGCUGGCACCAGAGUUGUGUAUCACAGCUGAGUGCAGUCAGCAGCUGGCACCAGAGUUGUGUAUCACAGCUGUGUGCAGUCAGCAGCUGGCACCAGAGUUGUGUAUCACAGCUGUGUGCAGUCAGCAGCUGGCACCAGAGUUGUGUAUCACAGCUGUGUGCAGUCAGCAGCUGCACCAGAGUUGUGUAUAACAGCUGUGUGCAGUCAGCAGCUGGCACCAGAGUUGUGUAUAACAGCUGUGUGCAGUCAGCAGCUGGCACCAAAGUUGUGUAUCACAGCUGAGUGCAGUCAGCAGCUGGCACCAAAGUUGUGUAUCACAGCUGAGUGCAGUCAGCAGCUGGCACCAAAGUUGUGUAUCACAGCUGAGUGCAGUCAGCAGCUGGCACCAGAGUUGUGUAUCACAGCUGUGCGCACAGUCAGCAAGGUAAUGAAGAUUUUCACUGCAGGCAUCAGAGUUCUUCCACGUGUAAAGUGAACAGAAGCUUCUAGUACUAAACUGCGACACUGUGCACUUAACGCACAUGAUUACAGAAAGGUGUGUUUGUGUGUGUGUGUGAUUUACUGCUACUGAGUGGCUAACAUUUCACACAACUAUAAGCUAGCUUAUUAGCCUCAUGAUCUUAUAACUUCAUUUCUUGCUGCUUGUGCCAUUCCUGUGUAAACAUGUAAAGUACAAACACUUGUACUGUCUGUGUUUAAACAUGUAAAAUACAAACACUUGUACUGUGUGUGUGUAAACAUGUAAAGUACAAA